UAAACAAUGUUUAAUAUUAUCUUUUAAGUUUGUAAAUUUAGUAUUAAAUUAGGUCAAGAUGUUUUUGUAUAAAUACCGCCAGUUUAAAUAUAUCGGGCAUUGGUAUUGUAACCGUUGUAACGAGCAUUACAAGUGUUUUCUUAUAUAACGUAUCGUCAUUUUCGCCGCCACCCUGGUAAUCCACCUUCUAUACUUCAGAAGUGGGAUAAUGUCUGGCCCAUAUAUCGACGGACUUGGUACGAAGAAACGGAGACGCUGCGAGAACGCUGUACUCGACAGCGACGAAUCAUCAAGUUUUUUUUUCUUCAUCCGAUGACGAAGAGAUCUUGGAGAAACACAGGCGAUAUAAGAAGCGGCGUGUCACCCAAACCGAUGCGUAGGUUAUUCCAACGUUCCGACCGGAUGAAAAAUCUAGCAACGUCAAGGGAUGGUUGCAUAAGAUCGACCAAUUGGGCGACGUGUACGGAUGGGACAACAAAGAUCGACAGUUCAUCAUGCAGAUACGUCUUCGAGGGUCGGCUAGAGACUGGUAUGACGAUCUGGAUGACUAUGACCUCACAUGGAUGGAGUGGAAGGACGCUUUAGGGACCGCGUUCCCACGUUCUACUGACUUUGUGGAUCUACUUGAAUCUAUGCUUGCUAGAAAGAAAACGAAUACGGAAACUAUGACAAAAUAUUUCCACGAGAAGGUUUCCUUAUUAAAAAAAAUGCAAUAUCAUUGGCGAGUCUGCAAUUUCGUGCAUAAUUCGCGGUCUACCCAUGGAAAUAAGAGCCAACGCGAAAGCUUUCCAAUGCAGUACACCACAGCAACUAUACUACGGGUAUUUGUCGUCAUUGGAAAACUACAGACAAAUUGAAGCCAGCCAUCCGCGACCGACUACCACGUGGCGAAGAGCGGACGCCAUUGCUACAAUUGCAAGAGGGAGUGACUUUCAACCGAAGAAAUGUUACGCCUGUCGAAGAGAAGGUCAUGAAGCAAAGGACUGCAAGGUGCCACGCUGCGAGGUGUUCCAUCGCCCGGGUCACACGUCUGCCAGCUGCUGGCAUGCGGCCAGCUCUUCACACCAAAAAGUGCCGUACAGCAGCGACAAACCAGGCGCCAAUAGCAGCGCUGAUCGCCGUGGGACACGGCAUACACAGGAUGGCCGAAUGUUAUCAAUUAAUACUUCCGGUCCUGCAUAUACGGCUAGUUCGGGUACAUCUUGAUGAUUAUUUAUAAGUAUAGAUUAAAACUUCUGUUUAACAAUUUAAUUAGUAAUUUCAUAAUCAAAUAAAUAGUUGAUUCAUAUUUGUUUAUAUUUGGAACAUUUUAUUAUAUAUUAUUCUAUUUAUUAAUGGCGCCUUCUGCUUGUCAGCUUCCGGCGCAA